AUGUUUCAUUAAAUUGCGAAUCGCAAUAACACACGCGGCUUAAAAAUCAAUUUGUAAACAGAAAAUAAGGAAAUUUGUUUUCUUUCAAAUAAAAAAAGAAUUAAUCAUGAGACGGCUGUCUGACGAGCAAACAAAAAUAUUCUUUGAAAAACUGACUAAAUAUAUUGGCACAAAUGUGAAACUUUUACUUGAUCGUCCUGAUGGCGCAUAUUGCUUUCGAGAAAUGAAACGACGUGUGUAUUACUUAUCAGAAAGGAUUCUCAAACUUUCUGAAAAUUUAAAUGAAGAACAGUUGGUAUCGGUGGGAACGUGCUUUGGAAAAUUUACAAAAACCAAUAAAUUUCUCUUACAAAUAACUGCAUUGACUUAUCUUGCACCUUAUGCUCAAUAUAAAGUUUGGAUAAAGCCAUCUGCUGAACAACAAUUUCUUUAUGGCAAUCACAUCAAUAAAGCUGGAUUAGGAAGAAUUACAGAAAACACGCCACAACAUCAAGGAGUUGUUGUGUUAUCAAUGAGUGACGUUCCACUGGGAUUUGGAGUAACAUCAAAAUCAACAGCUGAUUGUAAGCUUGCAGAUCCUUUAGUUACAGUAUGUUUCCAUCAAGCAGAUAUUGGAGAAUAUGUAAGAUCAGAGGAUACAUUAAUUUAAUCUUCUUAAUUAUUUUAUGUAAUUCAGUUUAUUUAAAGUCUUAAAUGAAUAAAAAUUAUUUAAUAAAAUUUAUCGUUUGCUUGAACGAGAUCUUGAUGAUGAUGAAGAUUCUCUCCCUUUUUUCUUUACGACUUCAGUUUUCUUCUUUUCGGGAGUUGGUGUUGGAGUAGUGACAAUAGUGAGACCUUUUUUGUUGCUGCUGCUAGAGCUUGAUGAACUGUCAUAAGAUUUUGUGCUUUUAGUUGAUCCUUCCUUCUCUUUUUUCUCUUUCGGCAGGCAUGCCGAACAAACCCAUGAAGUUAAAUUUGUUUCAUUCGAAAUCUUUGGAACAUGACAUAAUUGAUGAUGGAGAGAGUGACAUUCAACGCACUCAAAUAGUUGAUUGUUAGCACUGCUGUCCAUUGCUUGACAAGUGACACACGUCAAGUCAGUAAGAUCCAUUAAAUCACUGUCAGCAGAUUCGCUAUCGUCAUCAGGAAUUGGAAUAACUUCUGGUGUUGGAGCAGAAAUUACUUUUACUUCUUCUGGCUUUUUGGGUUUAUGCUUCUUGAAACCUGAUCCUGGAGCACUUUUCUCAUCAUUCAAUUGUUUCUUUGUUAGCAAACUACUUAUAAGUUUACUUUUAUCAUCAUACGUUUUUGAAAUUUCAUUAUCAAGCAUUGUUCUUAACUUUUCAGCAGAAUCAGGUGCAGAUGAAUGAAGCAAUUUCAGUGCUACUACAAUAUACGGAUCAAUAACUUCUGAUGAUGCCGCCAUAAUUAUUUUUUUUUAUAAUUUAAUAUUUUUGUGAGAAUGAAAACAAGUUUGAGAAAAUAAUCCAGAAACCGGCAACAAACUAUGCGAAUCGCA